GCACUGUUGGAAGUGUGUGGAAAGAGUCGAGCGCUCUGUGUGUGUGCGCGCUUCUCGCCGACACCGAGAUGUGUCGAGUUUAAAAUUAGCCAAAAAUAUUCGAAAGGUUUACACAGACGUUACUGACUGUUUUUAACCAACACACAACAACCAGUAUUUAGUAGUUCAAACAGGAAAAAGAGGUAAAUAACUACCAUCACACACCACCCCUCAGACAGUGGAGGAGGACCUCAGCUCGCACAGUCUGAAUGCCGUUUUGCGAGACCGAUAGAAUCCAAUUAAUGGAUACUGUAUAUCCAGAGCCGCUGUCGCGUCUGCAUAGGCGAGUGGUUCCGAAAAAACGCAAAGGGACAUCGAACAGAUACAGGACCCAGCCCGUGACAUUCCUCGAGAUACAGGAGGUGGACGAGGAUAAUCUGGACGACUCUGCAGUUCCGGAGCCGACCACUUCCAGAUCCGAGCUCAACAUACUGAAUAGCAAAUUUGAUGAAUUUAGGCGUUCUAGAGACUUGAUACUUAGUAAUAAGAGUGAGAACGAGGUGGACGUUGUCGAGAGCAAAAGCGCGGUACCUUUAAGCAACUCGAGGUCCACGGGACGUCUUCCUCCGAGACCCUCGAUUUAAUAAUAUUCAAAUGUACAAUAAAAUAAUUCUCUUUUUUUACAACAAAAAUAUAUUUCGAAUGAGUUAGAUGUAUUUUAUAUAUAUAUUAUACUAUUACUACUAUUACUAUAAAAGAUUUCUAAGCUAGUCUCGUGUUUUUUAGGUGAAAAAACGAAAUGAAUAAGAUGAGAUAUAAUGGAGAUUAAACAGUGUUGUGAAGCGUAAAUAAAUAACAAAAAUCCCAAAAUAUUAAA